CCCUCUGAUUGGCUCAGAGCAGUCUAUUAUGAUAAUGAGGAGGGCGUGUCGUGGAGCCGGAGCCGCUGGCUCUGAGAGCCGCCUCAUUGUGUCGUUUGGACCCGGACUGGACCGCACGCAGCGCCGCGCGCUCUCUCCCUGUGUGUCGGUGGAUUUAUAGCUGUCCCGGUUCGGUGCUGGACGAGGAUUUUCCCGCCGGUUCGGUGCCGUUUUUCUUCUGUGGGAAUACCGGAGCCGUUGUGGAUUAAUGUGAUGCUCGUGCGGUCCGCGCGGAGCAGAGGUGGACUCACGGAGACGAGUUCAUCCACACACACCGUCCGGACUUCUUCUUCUUCUCUUCCUGGAUUUGGACAUUUCUCCUUCACUGAUUGGCUCCCCCGUGACGCUGCCUGUGAUUGGACGGUCCUGAAUUCAAGCCGACGCCCACCAUGACCUGCUGACAUCAUCACGCCCCGCCCUUGCCCCGCCCCGCCCCCUCCUCCCCUCUCUCUCCUUCAAAAUGGCUCAGACCGAUUGGCUGUCGCCGUGGCGUCCGCCACUGCUGCUCCUCAUCCUCACUUCCUGUUUCCUGUCCGAGUCGGUCUCCUCGACCACGCCCUUCCCCAAAGACCUGGAGCCGAUCAGCGUGGUCAGCUCGGAGCAGUCGUAUCACUUUCCAGGUUUUCAAGGUUUGCUCCAGGAUAACGACACGCUGCGUCUGGGCCUGGACUUCCAGAGGCUGUUACGCAUCAACCACAUGUUGUACAUCGCCGCCAGGGAUCACGUGUUCGCCGUGAACCUGACCACAGCUGCAGAGGACUUCGUCCCUCAGCUGAAGCUGACGUGGCGAUCCAAAGACGUCAGCAAGUGUACGGUCAGAGGGAAGAACAGCGACGAGUGUUACAACUACGUCAAAGUGUUGGUGCCUCGAAACGACGAGACGCUGUUCGCCUGUGGCACCAACGCCUUCAACCCCACCUGCCGAAACUACAAGAUGACGUCCUUGGAGCAGGUCGGUGAGGAGGUGGUCGGUCAGGCUCGCUGUCCCUUCGAGUCGGGUCAGUCCAACGUUGGACUGUUUGCUGGUGGAGACUUCUACUCGGCCACCAUGACAGACUUCCUGGCCAGCGACGCCGUCAUCUACAGAAGUCUGGGAGACGGCCGACCCGUCCUCAGGACCGUCAAGUACGACUCCAAGUGGCUCCGAGAGCCUCACUUCCUGCACGCCAUCGACUACGGUAACUACGUCUACUUCUUCCUCAGUGAGAUCGCCGUGGAGUACACCGCCCUCGGCAAGGUGGUGUUUUCUCGAGUCGCCCGGGUUUGUAAGAACGAUAACGGCGGCUCUCCCAGAGUCCUCGAGCGAUACUGGACGUCGUUCCUCAAGGCUCGGCUGAACUGUUCGGUUCCUGGAGACUCGUUCUUCUACUUCGACGUCCUUCAGUCUCUCACCAACGUGCUGCAGAUCAACCAGAGACCUGCCGUGGUCGGAGUGUUCACCACGCAGGCCAACAGCAUCCCCGGCUCAGCAGUCUGUGCUUUCUACAUGGACGACAUCGAGAAAGUCUUCAACGGGAAGUUCAAGGAGCAGCGGACCAGCGACUUAUCCUGGACUCCGGUACCCGACGAGCAAGUUCCCCGACCGAGGCCCGGUACCUGUGCAGGUGACGGCCCGGCCUCAGAGUUCAAGUCUUCAGUUCAGUUUCCAGACGAGACGCUGACGUUCAUCAAGUCGUAUCCUCUGAUGGACGAAGCCGUCCCCUCCGUCAACGACCGGCCGUGCCUCACCAGGACCUCCAGCAGGUCCAAGCUGACCCAGAUCGUGGUGGACGUCUCUGCUGGUCCCUACAAGGACCGGACGGUGAUGUUCCUGGGCUCAGACGACGGCAGAGUCCUGAAGGUUCUGGCCAGCACGCACCCAAACGACAGCUUUGGGUCCAAACUGCUGGAGGACAUCGACGUCUACAACCCGUCCAAGUGUGACGUUCAGGGUCAGGAGGACAGGAGGGUUCUGGGCCUGGAGCUGGACAAAGACCAUCACGCCUUGUUCGUGGCCUUCAGCAGCUGCGUCAUCAGAGUGCCGCUGAGCCGCUGCACGCGACACGGAGCCUGUAGAACAGCCUGCCUGGCCUCUCGGGACCCGUACUGCAUCUGGCUGAGGACCGGGAGCUGCGCCAACAUGGCGCCGGGUUUCAAGGCGGGCUUUGAGCAGGAUAUCGAGGGCGUCCACGUGUUUCUCGCAGACAGCUGCCGUGCUGACGUGUUGGCCACCACACGGAACCAAGAGUCUGCAGCCGACUCCGCCUACGGUGUCCGCCGUCUUCCAGAGUUGGACCAGCGUCCCGGUGCAAACGUCCACUACACGCUGCUGAUCGCCUGCGUGCUGGUGGCCUUCUUCCUGGGCGCCAUCUUGUCCGGCUUCCUGGUGUCGUGUUACUGCAGCCGCAGCGCCGCUCAGCGGGCGAGGAGGAUGGGCAAAGAUCCGGAGGCGUCGCUGCCGCACGCCUUGUCUCUGCGAUCCCUCGCCAAGCUCAGCGGACUGCUGGACGGACAGCCGAAGGAGGACAAACUGGACGUGUCCACCCCGAAGAUGUACAGCUCCUUCAUCCCCAACGGCCGGUCGGAGCCUCACCUCCACACCCCCGGACACCAGGGCCUGCCGCUGGGAGACCCAGACCUCAGCCUGUCCCAGUCUCUGUCUCAGGCUGAUGGAGAGCUGUCCGGACUGCCCACGCCCGACUCCACCCCGGAGCUUCCCAUCAAGAACAUGAAGGCCCUGCGGCACCAUCAGUACGAGAAGAACCAGAACUGCAACAACGCCAAGGACAACAUCCCCCAGUCCGGACCCAGCUGCUCUGGAUCCAGUCUGGGCUUCAUGGCGGUGGUCGGGAACUCUUUGACCCAGCAGGUCUUCCCUUUCUCUCAACACCACAGCAACAGUUUCAGCAACGGAGCAGCCCACGGAGCGGGAGCUUCUUCGACCUCGCUGCACCUCCCCGAGGAGAGGAAGGUCUCCAAUGAUGAGCGAGGAGGAUCCGCAGCAGGAGGAGGAGGCGGAGGAGGAGGCGGCGUCCCCCAUCACCACCACUCCCAGCAGUCCCUUCCUCAAACAGUGGUGGACGUGUCGGCGCUGGACGAGCUGCUCAAACACAUCCAUGAGGUCAGCGCGUCGGGCACCGGCGGCAUCAAGGUCCUCACCUCCACCUCCUCGUCCUCCCUGUUCCCCGGGCCCUCCUCGUCUUCCUCUGGAGGACAUCAUCACCAUCACCAUCACAACCACCACGGCCAGACGCGCACCCACCACUACAACCACAGCCAUCACCAUAGUAACCACCACAACAAUAACAGCGGAGGCGGCGGCGGCGGCGGCGGUCACCAUCACCAGCAGCAGAUCCCGGAGACGGAAUCAGCUUCGUAUUACAGCACCUCCACGCUGCCGAGUGACGGCCUCCCCAAGCGCCUGGACGGACCCGUUCUAAACUCCACCUCCUCUUCUGCCACCUCCUCUUCUUCCUCCUCCUCAUCUUCUAACAACCCCACCUCCUCCACCUCCAUCCCUUCGUCCUCCUCUUCCUCCUCCUCGACUCCGCUCCAGCAGCAGGUGAUCCCAGAGAGGCCGGGAGGAAGUGGUGGCGGCGGCGGCGUCUCAGUGACGCGCCACCACUCACAGCGUCACUCCCUCAUCAAGAUGGGCAGCGGGGGCGGCGGCGGCGCCGUGCCGCGCCACCACAGCUUCAACCAGCGGGGGGCGCAGCACCAGCACGCACACUUUCUAGCCAGGAUGAACACCAACAGCAGCAGCAACGGCCCGCCGGGCGCCAACGGCGAGAGCCGAGCGUCGGUCGCCGGCUCCUGCCUGACACGGCAGCACAGUUACAGCGAGGGGCCACACGUGCAGCGGGCCGCGGUCAUCCGGAGAACGGCGUCGCUGAAACCGCAAGUCCCGCCAAAACCGCUGUUCCUUCCAAACACGGCGACGUCACCGGCAGCAGAGGCGGGAAAAUACGACUACUGAGACCGAGACCAAGUGGCGCCAUCCCAACAUGGCUGCUACAGGCGAAGCGCUCGGGAACGUCUGCGGGGCCAAACCGAGACAAAAGAGACUCCAGAGCUUUUUGUCUCCAUCACUCAUUGCGACCCUUCAGUUGUGGUUAUUUUCCUGCUGCUGAGAGGACGCCACCGCCACCGCCGCCGCCGGCCGCCACAGCGCCGCCUCUCUGAGUCACGUCUGCUGCAGACAGGCGCUCGGAGAAUCGACAAACAAAGAUCUCUGACUCAUUUCUUCGGGCAGGCGGGGCCGCUCGGCGACAGACUGCGGAUCAAAACCGGCUCAGACUCGUCUGAGAAACACUGGAGAUGUGAAUGAUUCAGAGUCCCCGAGGCUCGAGGUGGCCUCGAAAACUCUUGAUUAAAGCGUUUUUUCUUACGAGCGCUUUGAUCCAGCGUCCCCGGUUGUUGCACCUUGGCUCAGAGCCCAGAUUUCAUUUGCAAAGAUUCAGAAUAAAAGCAGAGAGCUGGACUGCUGCGGAUCUGACAUGAAGCGGAUCUGGGUCCGCUGGGAGCGCCGGACGAUUGUCCAGGACUUUGAGUCAAACGAUGACAUAAUGUCAGAGACACCCAGAGGGACAUUCCUUCUUCUCUGUGUGUGGAUGAGACGAGGCUUCACGUGAGAGACACGAUGGACAAAAACCUUUUUGUUUCACAUUCCACACAUCAGAAGAAGAAGAUGAAAUGUAAAUGUCAGAGGUGGAGAUCCCUGACGGAGCCGUCUCCAUCCAAACCACAUCAAUGUUCUCCUUUGUACCAUAUUGGUACCUCGGCUGUUUUGUACGGAGCCCAGUCGGCGUUCGAUGGAGGAUUUCUGAUGAAUGAGAGAAAUAAUUUGUAUGUUCAGAUUAUUUCAUUGAUUCUCUCGAGUUAAUAAUCGCCCUCAAAUCUCCUCCUCC